UUUUUUAAGAUAAUGCUUAAAAAAUUUAGUAAUCCAACUUUGUGGCGGUCAAAAAAUCCACAUUCUCUUGAAUAUUUAAGAUAUUUGCAAGGUGUUUUAGUUAAAAAUGAGAAAAUAACUGAAGGAAAUAGAGCUUUGGUGAUUGAAGCAAUGCGUGCAAUUACAGAAAUAUUAAUUUGGGGGGAUCAAAACGAUGCUGCUGUUUUUGAUUUCUUCCUCGAAAGACAGAUGUUUUCACAUUUUCUUCAAAUUAUGCAGCAGGCCGAUACGAGUUUUGUAAAUAUUCAAUUACUUCAAACAUUAAAUAUUUUAUUUGAAAAUACUAAAAAUGAGACGUCUUUAUAUUUUUUGUUAAGCAAUAAUCAUGUAAAUUCAAUUAUUACUCACAAUUUUGACUUUUCAAACGAAGAAAUAAUUGCUUAUUAUAUUUCUUUUUUAAAAACGCUUUCUUUCAAAUUAAAUUCAAAAACUGUCCAUUUCUUUAGCGAGAAUGCAGACCAAUUUCCAUUAUUUACUGAAGCUGUCAGAUUCCACAAACAUUCAGAACCGAUGGUUAGAAUUGCUGUGAGGACACUUACUUUAAAUAUAUUUAAAGUUAAAGAACAAAUGCUUCACAAAUUUGUAAUUACCCAUUCUCGGGAUUAUUUUAAUAAUGUUUGCCAGGAAAUUGCUCAUCAAAUUAUUGAGAUGGAUACUUUUGCAAGAUCUGCACAAAAUGAAGCGAGCAAUAGAUCUCGUUUAUCUCAAUAUAUAGACGUUCAUAUUGAUAAUUUGCAUUAUUUAAAUGAUAUUUUGGUUAUUGGAAAUUCUGAUUUGAAUUUAUUGGUAAUUGAUUGUUUACAUCAAUUUUUAAUUGGUCCAAUAUAUUUAGCUUCAUUAGCGUCAAUUAGAGCCCAACCAAAUACUCUAUUAAUUUCACGUGUUACUUGUUUAUUUCUUUUUGCUCAAUUUUUAAAAAUUAUACAAGAGACAGAAACUAUUCAAAAUGUGCUGACUUCCCUUUUCUUUGGGGAUAUUAAUGAUAUUAAAACUGAAUGGGUUAGAACUUUGAGUGAUGGAAUUAGUUUGGCUAUGCUUAGAAAAUGGGAUAAAUCUGUUGAAAGUUCUCCAUUUCGCAAUCACCUAUUUAUGGCUUUACAUGAUGGCAAUGAUGAUGACCAUGCUUGUUUCUUUGCUCUUAUUUUUAUUAAUUAUAUUUUACAGAACCAAGCAGCACAAAAAGAAUUAUUAAAUGCUGCACAGCUACCUUUUCCCGGUUCUUCAAAUAAAUGUGAUUCUGAAUUGGCUGAAUGUUUAAUUAGAAUAAUUGAAAAUUGCUCUCUUACUGACACACUUAUUCGUCCAAUAACAGUUGAAUUGUGUACUAUCGUUCUUCGACAUAUACUUCUUUGUUUAGAAUCUGAUCAAGAAUUUUAUUCUUUAGUUGAAUCUUCUGUCAGAAAAACUUUACAUAAACUCUCUAAUGUUUUGAGAGGGGCUUUACAAACUGAAAAAUUCUUUUUGGAAAUGUUUGAAGAAGAGUAUUAUCAAUUACAGAAAUCUGAAAGAAAAAUAAAUUCAUUUUUGGAUGAUCCAGGACUUUAUUUGCCUCCAAGUAAUACACCUUUGUCAGGACUUCCUCUAUUUAAAAGAAUAUCUAGUGGAAAUGAUGAACGAAUUCGAAGGAGUCUUCAAUUUUACUUUAUUAUACGAAAAUUUGCUCAAGAUUUAUCUGGAGAGACAGAAAGUUUUCUUCCAAUAUCUUCACAAUCUGAACCUAUGGCCGAAUUAAAUGAUUGUAUUAAUUUGAAUAAUAGUGAUUUACUUGCCUGUACAGUUGUAAAUUCAAAAAAUGAGCGUCUCUCUCAAUUUCUUGUAACUGAUCAAUUUCAAUUUAUUUUGGUUGAACCAGAUAGUCGAAAAUUGGGUUGGGGAAUUGUUCGUUUUGUUGCUUUAUUACAAGAUGUAUUAAUUGUUGGAACUUCAGACAAUCGAACUUUGCAAAUCAACGUUGAGGAUGUUGAAACACGAGUCAAAAAAUCUGGAAAAAACAUUUUUUCUGCCCACUUAAUAUUUGAUGACUAUAUUCGUUGUAUGGCUGCCAAACAACGCCUCAAUCGUGGAAGGAAGCGUUGUCGACUUUACAGACUUGGAAUUAUUGCUGAUAUGCUCGGAAUGCGUUUACCCCAUUCUUUACAAACAAUGGAAGGUUCUCCAGUUAUUGGAAUUAAUUCUUUGAGAUUGCAAGGUUUGCCUGCUCCCGGGUCUGUUCAAAGACUUUCUUCUACUUCGAGACGUAAAAAUAGUGAAGCUUCGACAGGAGAGGGGAGAUUAGUAGGGGAAACAAUACCUCCAGAUCCCGAUACUAGUAAACAAUGUUCUACUUCUGGGGCAAUACAUCAUAUUUAG